AUGGCGUCUCUUGAGCCGCUUGCAACGGUUACUCGGUGGAUAGGGUUUGUGAGUGGGGUGUUAACAGUUCUUCUCUGGUGCUUCCAGCUCUCCUCCACCUCCCCAUCGAUAUCGAUAGGAGACGAUCCUCUUGCAGAUGUGAACAAAUCGAGCUGGCGAAUGCAGCUAUUCUCCUUCGUCCCUUCCGUGUUCAUUGAUGUGUGGACUCCGUUUGUCAUGGGCGCCAUAACGGUCAUGUCACACUUCGCCUCCUUCCACUUAGACUUCAUGUCUGUUAACUUCGCUCACUACUUCAUUUGGUCAAUCUUAAUGGCUUUGUUCGGCAACAUGGGUUACGCAGGGGUCGUGGGGAUUGUAGUUGCUUCUAUUACCCUUCUGUCUUCCCUUCUAAGUUUGAUUUGCGCCUUCCUAUAUGACGGCACUGCAAGUCUUAAACUGGGAAACUAA